UAAAACAAAAGAUCAAUCAUAUGUUACUUCUGUCAUUUGAAGGAUAGCGUGAUUUGUGACGACCGAAUUUGUGACAUUUUGAAAGAAACUGUAAAAGUAGUAGGAUCAUGUCCUAAAAAUAGAAAAGAAAUGGAAGAGGUUUCCAGGCGCAAGAACUGCCAGCAAUAUGUUGAAGAAGCCAAACUCAAAAAUUGCAGGGACUAUGGAAAGAUACAAUACCACUGCGUAAUUAAUUCUUUUGGAAAUCAAUCGCUUGAGGUGUGUGCACCAGAGAAAAUAAUUUUUGGGUUUUGCACAGAAUUCAAUCAAGAGAUAGGAAAAAUCCUUGCUAAUUACUAUUUGGACUGCACAACUUUCAUGCCACCCUGCGAAAAAAAGUAUUACUCAUCUAAUGCAUAUCUAUACAAAGGGUGUUAUAACUACAGCAACAAUAUGAAAGUGUGAGUACAUAAAGACGCUUUUCACUAAUAGAUUUUGAUCUGACCUUACAUACAAUGAUGCAGUAAACGGAAAUCUUUUACGUCUGCA